AUGGAUCCUUUGUCGAUUCCAGCAGGCAUCAUUGCGAUAACGACCGUAGCGGCGCAGGUUGCUAACCUCCUCGCUGGGAUUCGCGAAGACUGGGAUUCUUUACCCGGCCGCAUGCAUGCGCUGAGCAACGAAAUACAGGACUUCAAUGUCGUUUUGCAGCAAGUUGCCAUCGCCGUCAAGGAGAGAAGGGUCUCUGGGCAGGAUGCCUACGGUGAAUCGACGCUGCUGCCCCUCUUGGUUAGGGGGAAUAAUGUCUUGGUAGACCUGAAAGCAAUCCUCGAGCGUCUUCUAGCAACGGGAACGAAGAAGAAAGAGGCUAUUUCUCGUGUACUAAUGUGGAGGAGAGAGCAAGGCACCGUGUCCUCGCUUCAGGAGCAGAUCAAGCAAGUAAAAUCAAGUCUGAAUGUCCUGCUGGGCGCGUCAAAUUCACAAGAUAUGAUGCACGUCCGUCUCUGUUUAGAAGAGCUCAGCUUGAAAAUAUCGCACUCGAAGGAGCCAGUUUACCCCGAGAAGGAUGCACAAGACGAGUUCAUACAAGCUCUGCUCAAUGAACAUCACGGCACAAUGGAGGAGUCGUUAAACAGGUCAUACUCCCAAGUCGAUGAGCGUUUAAAUAAGCUUGAGGCACUUCUCCGAGCCCAGGCAAGAGACAUACAUACCUCGCAAGUCACUCAGGUCGGCCGACUUUACAAUGCGUCAACUCCGCCUGCGAGAAGACGUGUUGUCCGAGCCGUCAGUCCAGCUUCGGCUGCACGAAUCCAAGAAAAGUCUGCGUCUGUCGGAGUUCGUCUACGCCAGGCUCGGACAACGUGUCAGUCGACCUGUCUUUGCUCUUGCCACUCCUCAAAGCUCAGAAAGUCCCCAUCAUUCAUGGACCGUAUGGUUGGCCAGCUUAUGCUAGGUUACAGCGGGCUGCCUUUGCUGAGCACCAAAUGCGAUUCGGCAGCGUGUAUUAAGGGGCAGACGCCGGCGGUGAAUGUUGAAUAUUGGUUUCCAUUGGGGGUGUGCUGGUCUCAAAUCAUUCGUCUACAUCUAUCGUACGAAGCGAAUGUUGGCCCUUCCCUUCAAUUGAGCACCUUGCGACGCGUACCGGAUUCAUCGCAAUGUGUGAGCUAUGCGCUUGAUGGAAAUAUACAAGGCUUGAAGAGUUUGUUUGGUCAGGGACUAGCAUCGCCUCGUGAUGUUAGCUCAACGCGAGGAUACUCUCUUCUCCGAUGGGCGCUGUAUGGGCAACAGUAUGAGACAUGCAAGUUUCUGAUGUCUGCAGGGGCAGAUCCAACCUAUAAGCCGAUUGCACCAAGUGACGAUUGCCCAAGCGACAAGGCAGGAGACAUAAUACUCCGGGCCAACAUCUCACAGGAAGUUAUUGAGAUUCUUCGGCUCAUUGCAGAGGGUAGUGAUUUCAAUGAACGCCAAAACUUUGCUCGAAUCCAUAAGAUUGUCCUAGGCCUUUGUAUUGGUGAUUUAGAAGAGGAAAUACGGCAGGACCCAAACUCAUUAGACUUUCCAGACGGCACAGGACGGACAGCACUGCAGUGGGCAGCAGCAAGAGGCGACGAGCGAGCCGUGGUGACACUCCUCAGCUGGGGUGCUGAUCCCAACAACAUGGACAAGAAACUCAAUACACCACUCACUCUCGCUGCUAAUCAGAACCAGUCAGUGUGUGUUCGACUUCUUCUAGAGGCCGGAGCACUACCGGAUCCCGAACUGCCACCGUCGGUCACAUUCGGCACACCGCUCAAUUGCGCCGCACGUAACGCGCCGGACCCGGUCCUAAUGAAGACUUUACUGGAUUUUAACGCAAAGAUUGAAGCGAGCGGUGUAGAUGGCGUCGCACCACUCCUGCAUGUUGCCAGGGGAAACAGCGCCGCUCAUGCAAUGCUUCUCCUGGAAUACGGAGCCGACAUCAACGCGACUUCAAAAGCUGGCCAAACACCCCUAACUGCAGCAAUUCAAUACAACAACCAUAGCGUUCUGAAACUCCUUCUCGAGAGAUGGUUCGACUACAACGAGUGCCCAAGACUGAAGGGACCCAACCUCUUGGAGACUGUCGCUAGAUAUGCCGACGUUGAAACAAUACUUCUCUUAACGGCAGCCGAGCAUCUUCGAAGCUAUCCUGACAAAACGUAUAUUCUGGAUCACUACAAGGAAGUCAUUGAUGGGCGUAAUGACUCGUCAGAUGAGCUGAGCGUAGCCUUUGAUGAGUUGCUAUCGGUGCUGAAGAUGGAAGCCAAAGCCCAUGGAAGCAUUGAUGAGCUCAUGGAGUCGGGUCUGCUGAAUCCUUUGGAUUAUGGAAUCGAGUCUGAAGAGGACAGCUCAUCAGAUCUUCUGGUUUUUGAGGAUGCCAAAGAGAUGUUGGACAUUUCGAGCAACUCGUCGAGCCCCAUUCACACUUCAUGCCCGGCGCACGAUCUUGAGAAAAGUUUGGAAGAAAAGACGGGAGGGAACUGUUGA